UAAUACUGGAGUCCAAAGGGGUCAUCCCAUGAAACUGACUGGUGGGGAGUUCAGGACCAAUCGAAAGGAUUGCUUUACACAUCAGGUCCAAUGGCCCAACAGAAAAUCUCAGCAGGAUGUAUGCUGCAAAAAACUAAGUCCUCAGCAUCUUCAGAUAGUGAUGAGGAAUUUGAAAAGUUUUUAUCUAAAAUGAAGACCCCCAAAGCUUCAACAUGUUGCACACCAAGGAGUCAAAUGCGCAGUCUGACUAAUUCUAAGGAAAACUUUUUCCACUAUCUCACAAGCAAGUAUGGACCUACCAAAAAUGAACCAAGGCUGGUUUACAAGCAUGAAGUGGCUGAAAUGCCUGGAAAGGAAGUUGCCCGCUCAUUAACAUUUCUGUCUCCAGCCGCAUUUAGUGACAGUGAUGAUGAUUCAGUCUUCGCUCAAGGUACACCAAGGAACUCGCAUCAGCCCAGGCAGCUGAGUGAUCAGCAGUGCGCGUUGAUGACCUUUCCGCCUGCUGCUCUCAGGGAUGGCACAGAUUCUUCUCCAAGCGAGGGAAAGCAAGCCCCCUCACAGGAACAUGUUGAGGGCACAGUACGUGGCCCCUGUCAGCCCAGAUCAUGUGGCACGCUGGAAUCAGGCAGCUCGGAUGAGGAGAUGGAUGGGCUCCUUGUGCGCAUACAGCGGAGAGGGCUCUUUCCUGCAAGGAAGAGUUCCUCUGCCCAAAAGACUACCCCUGAACAAAGAAACGUCCGGCCUUUCCUUGAAAACUUCCAUCCGGCUGUGAAGAGUGAGAAUGGCUGUCUGACACAAGCCAGACCUGUCCCUGAUAGAUCCAUUUCUACUCAGCUUCCCAAGGGCAAGGUGCUUGUUGACGUAGGCCAGAUCAGAGGUUUGUGCCAGGUCAAGGGCUGCUUCUUGAAAGAGUUGUCGGACCCAGAAUCUCAGCAAUCCAAGCAUUUCUGGAGUAAAAAGGAGGAACUGGCACAGAACCUGUAUGAUCUUUAUAACCGCUCUGUGUUUGAACAAAAGUUGCCACAGAGAAUGGAAAUAAUUUGGAAUAAGAAAAUGCGGAAAACAGCAGGUUGCUGCAUAACUGGCCAGGUGAAGGACCCUGCAGGGCAACGCUAUGCCAAGAUAAUGCUGUCAGAAAAAGUCUGUGACUCUGCAGAUCGGCUUCGGGACACGAUGAUACAUGAACUGUGUCAUGCAGCUACAUGGCUCAUUCAUGGCCUUCAAGAUGGCCAUGGCCGAUUUUGGAGUUUCUAUGCCAAGAAGUCUUCCAUGAUCCAUCCAGAGCUCCCAGUGGUAUCACGGUGCCACAACUAUGAGAUCAAAUAUAAGUUCACCUAUGAAUGUUCUAAGUGCAAAAACACGAUUGGGCGCCACUCCAGAUCCCUGGAUGUGGAACGCUUUGUCUGUGCUUUUUGCAGGGGGAAGUUUGUGCUGUGCCAACCCACCUGGAAAGAUGGCACACCAGCCACAAAACCACUUGCUCCAUUUGCAAAGUAUGUGAAAGAAAACUAUGGUUCCACUAAAUGCUCACAGCAAGACCCGAGCCACGGAGCAAUCAUGAAGAAACUCAGUGCAGAUUUUGCAGCCCAGGCUAGUCUCCAUAAUCCACGGCUUCCUUCAGUGAAAGACUAGGACAACACUCUCAAGACCAUUGCUUCACGGGGCAGGAGAGGUCUAUGAACAGUUUGCCUAGAAUGAAAUACUUGGGCAAAGUCGUCUUAACUGGAUCCCCCACAGCUAAAUCCUUGUUAAAUCCCUUCUGCAGCCCUGAUGUCUCCGAGUUCAUUUGCCCCAAGGGCAUUGAAUCCAGCUUUGUGGCUCAUUAAUAAAAGUUGAAUACGGUGAACUGUGUGCUUGAAAUAU